UCAGUUUUAGUUAAAUCAGUUGUAUUAAUUCAAGACUAUCCUGAAAUGCACUUACGUCUCCAUCAAUUUUAAGAAUAUUUUUUAGUUGUAAUAAUACUGUUGAUGGUAAUUUUCUCUUCAAGCUUUAAAUGUGUUUCCAUGCUCUCCUGGCUUUGGAAUCAUUGACCAGAUACCUGGUGAAUUCUGUUGCUUGUGUCUUUUCAUGUGGUUUGACAUUGUUAACAGCUUUUAGUAUUAAUUUUUGCUUUUUCUUUUUGACUCCUUAUAUGAAAGGGCAGCAAGCCAUCCAUUCAUUGUUCCUGAAAGAGACACUCAAAGAAGAGAAAGAGAAAGAAAUGGCUGAUUCUCUAGUUCUAUUGACAUUCAGGGAUGUAUCUGUGGACUUCUCGAAAGAGGAGUGGGAAUACCUGGACUCUGCUCAGCGGUCUUUGUACAUUGACGUGAUGUUGGAGAAUUACAGCAACCUGAUCUCUGUGGAGAACUAUUGCAAAUGUGAUCCUGCCCAUCACCAUGUGAAGACUGAAAAGGAGUCUUGUCAGUGUACUGAGCUUGGCAAAGUGCUUCAUGACCCCUCCACAUGUGUACUUUAUAGAACAAGUCAAACUACAGAAAAGUCUAAUAACUACACAUGCAGUAACCACAGGGAUGCCUCUAUUAACUCAUCAAUCCCAGAAAGACAUGAAAGAAUGCAUAUUGGAGAAGAACCUUACAAAUCUAAAGACUGUGAAAAAUCUUUAAAUUUGUUUUCCAACUUGACUCAAGAUCAGAGAUUCUACACUGCAAAGAAAGGGCAUAGGCAGGAGGAACACAAUGACUAUUUUAGCUCUACAGAUGGUCUUUUACAACAAACAAUCUACAUUGGAGAAAAACCACACCAGUGUGGGAAAUGUGGGAAAUGCUUCAGUACUGCCUCAAGCCUUACUGUACAUCAGAGAAUUCAUACUGGAAAGAAACCCUACAAGUGCAACAUUUGUGACAAAUCCUUUAACCAGUGUGCAAAUCUUAAAACACAUCAAAGACUUCAUACUGGAGAGAAACCUUACAUAUGCAAUGAGUGUGGAAAGUCAUUUCGUCAGUUAUCAGCACUUAAAAACCAUCAGAAAAUGCACACUGGAGAGAAGCCUUACAAAUGUAAAGAAUGUAACAAAUCCUUUACUGUGAAGUCAACUCUUACAAAGCAUCAGAGAAUUCAUACUGGAAAGAAACCCUAUAAGUGCAAUGUUUGUGACAAAUCCUUUACUCAGUGCUCAAGUCUUAAAACACAUCAAAGACUCCAUACUGGAGAGAAGCCUUACAAAUGUAAAGAAUGUGAAAAGUCGUUUCCUCAGUUGUCAGCACUUCAUAGCCAUCAGAAAAUGCAUACGGAUAAAAGGCAUGCUGGAGAGAAACUUUACAAAUGCAAUGAGUGUGACAGAUCCUGUAGACACUACUCAUCAUUUAGAAGGCAUCAGAAAAUUCAUUCUCUAGAGAAACUAUACAAAUGCAAAGAAUGUGGUAAGUCCUUUCUUGAAUUGUCACAUCUUAAAACGCAUCACAGAAUCCACACUGGUGAGAAACCUUACAAAUGUGAGGUAUGUGACAAAUCGUUUACUACAACCUCAACUCUUAGAACACACCAGAAAAUUCAUACUGGAGAGAAACCAUACAAAUGUAUGCAGUGUGACAAAUCUUUUACCCAGGACUCACAUCUUAGAAGACAUCAGAGAGUUCACACUGGAGAGAAACCUUACAGUUGUAAGGAAUGUGACAAAUCUUUUUCUAAGUGCUCAACUCUUAAAGAACAUCAGAAAAUUCAUACUGGAGAGAAAACUUACAAAUGCAAAGGUUGCAGCAUAUCCUUUACCCAGUAUUCAAAUCUGAGAAAACAUCAGAAAGUUCAUUCUGAAGUGAGACAUUACUUCUGUAAGGAAUGUGGCAAAUCUUUUACUCGAAGCUCAUAUCUUAGAGUACAUCAGAAAAUUCAUACCGGAGAGAAACCUUACAAAUGCAAAGACUGUGACAAAUCCUUCAUCCAGCAUUCAAAUCUUAGAACACAUUACAGAGUUCAUACUGGAGAGAGACCUUACAUAUGUAAGGAAUGUGGUGAAUCUUUUACUAAGUCCUCAACUCUUCAAGCUCAUCAGAAAAUUCACACCGGAGAGAAAAAUGCCAUUAUAAACAAUGUGAUGUAGCAUUUAUCUGGUAUUCUCUGCUUACAAAUCACAACAGUGUACAAAAUAGAAACAAAGAAACUAGUGAAAGCCUUUA